AACGCCGUAAACACGCAUCUCAAAACACGUGAAGAAGAGCGUACAUCACAUGUUGGCCUUGGAUAUUCGCUAAACUGAGAUAAAUCUAGAGAAUUAAUAAGACAGCCAGUUAAAAUGUCAGACAACGAGGAAGAGAAUGGGGAGACACCAAAGGGCCCAGUGGAGAAUGCUUGGUCAAUCAAGAUCCCCGAGUUCAAGAAAGGAGAUAUGAAAAGCCACCUCCUGGAGGAGAGCUCAUUUUCGCUUCUUUUCCCCAAAUACCGUGAAAGAUACAUAAGGGAAUGCUGGCCUUUAUUGGACAAAACACUGAAGGAACAUGGAAUCAAGGCUGAACUGGAUCUCAUCAAAGGAAGCAUGAAAGUAGCAACAACACGAAGUACUUGGGAUCCGUAUGCUAUCAUAAAGGCUCGAGAUAUUAUUAAACUACUCAGUCGGUCAGUACCUAUAGAACAGGCAGUGAGGGUUCUACAGGAUGGUAUCACACAUGAAAUUAUUAAGAUUGGUGGCAUGAUUCGCAACAAAGAGAGAUUCAUAAAGCGCAGGCAGAGACUGAUUGGUUCAAACGGAACGACGCUAAAAGCAUUAGAAUUGUUAACUGAUUGCUAUGUGCUCGUUCAGGGACAAACUGUGUCAACCAUUGGUCCAUAUAAAGGAGUACUUGAGGUUGUGCGAUUUGUGACAGACACCAUGAACAACAUUCAUCCAGUGUACCUCCUCAAGUCUCUCAUGAUCAAAAGACAUCUGGCUAGCAGUCCAGACAAAAAGAAUGAAGACUGGUCCAGAUUCUUGCCGAAAUUCAAGAGCAAAAACGUACAAAGGAAGAAGCCAAAGGUGAAGAAGGACAAGAAACCCUACACCCCAUUCCCCCCAGAACCCCAGGAGAGGAAGAUCGACAAGGAACUGGCAGAGGGCAAGUAUUUCGUGGACCAGGAAGAGCGUAAUGCCGCAAAGAGGAAGAGACCCAACGAGGAGAAGAAGAAGGCGGUGGCCGAGAAGCAGAAGGAGAAAAGAGCAAAAUCCUUUGUACCACCCGAAGAACCACAGCACAAGGCAGACAAACCAAAGCAAGGCAGUGCAAAUGUUGAUAUUGAUGCAUUGAAAAAGAAAGUCAAGAAGAGAAAAGUUACAAGUUAAGAUUUGUGUUUCUUUUUCUUCUUUUUUUUAUUCUGGAAAAGAUGAAUGUUAGGUUAUUCGGGUUAUUCACUCCAUUUAACAUAGGACUAGUAAAUUGGAAGUGAAUUACUGAACUCCCACAGACUAUUGUAUUGCAGAGCUUGAUGAAUGGGACCUAAAUAUAUUUCCAAAUUAUUUUUGUUUCUAAUUACCUUUCCCUGAUAUCAAGCAAAUAUAUUUAGUAGAGUAAGGAUUCUAGAUUGACAAUUUUAUAAUCCUCUUCUCAAUAGAAAGCUUAUUAUUGUUUCAUUUUUGUGUUCAUAUCAAAUUACAUGGUAAUUUAUAUCAUCGUACUAGUAGAAUAGUACAUAUUAUGUCCAACAUUUUUUUUAAUAUAAAGAAAAUAAUUGUUGAGUUCUUUUUGAUUUAUUUAUUUCUAUGUAGAGGCUUAGAUUUUACAUUAUGCUAAUGAUGAAGAAAAUACCCAAGUUUUUGUGGCUACUUUACAUAGAUAUUCCAGUGUUCUAUUUUCAUUUACUACUGAAUGUUGUUGAAUACAAACUACAAAAUACAUCAACUACAUUGUAAAUAUAUAUAAAAACUCAAA